AUGAAACUGAGCGGAUAUUUCUUGGUCAGGCUCACUGUACUGCUAGCCGUUACUUUCACCGUCAAUGCCUGCCCACCGGCAGACCGGUCAGCAUUGCUAGCAUUCAAGAAGCAACUCAGUGAGCCAUACUUGGGCAUAUUCAACACAUGGACUGGCACUGACUGCUGCAACGGCUGGUACGGCAUCAGUUGCGACCCAGAAACUGAACGGGUCGCCGACAUUUCCUUACGGGGCGAAUCCGAGGACCCGAUUUUUGAAAAAGCUGGUCGGUCUGGUUACAUGACCGGUUCACUUUCUCCUUCCCUCUGCCAGCUCGACCGUCUCACAACCCUCGUCGUUGCCGACUGGAAAGACAUCUCCAGCGAAAUCCCCGCGUGCUUAACCUCACUUCCCAACCUCCGCAUUAUUGACCUUGUCGGAAAUAAAAUCUCCGGCCACAUUCCGGCGGAUAUUGGCAAGCUGAGUCGACUCACUGUAUUGAACCUGGCUAAUAAUCAAAUAUCAGGUUCGAUCCCAACUUCCAUCGUUAACCUCAACAGCUUAAUGCACCUGGAUCUCAGCAGCAACAAACUCGACGGGACGAUUCCAUCGGACGUCAGCAAAUUAUCCAUGAUGAGCCGUGCUUUACUGAGCCGAAACCAACUCACCGGUUCAAUCCCAGUUUCUCUUUCCAAAAUAUAUAGGCUAGCUGAUCUAGAUUUAUCAAUGAACCAAAUAACGGGUACCAUCCCAGCCGAGUUCGGGUCAAUGCGGGUCCUCUCGACUCUAAAUUUAGACAGUAACCAACUUUCAGGCGAGAUACCGACAAGUUUGCUAAGUAACUCGGGUUUAAACAUUCUAAAUUUGAGUCGAAACUCGUUAGAAGGUUGCUUGCCCGAUGUUUUUGGUCCGAAAACUUACUUCACGGCACUCGACUUAUCUUACAAUAAUUUGAAGGGUUCGAUUCCAAAAUCAAUGUCUUCAGCUAAUUACAUUGGGCACUUGGAUCUUAGUCACAAUCAUCUUUGCGGGUCAAUUCCACCAGGGUCGCCAUUCGAUCACCUCGAUGCCUCAUCAUUUGCCAACAAUGACUGCCUGUGUAGAUCUCCAUUAUAA